AUGUUGGAGCCAAGUCCAAAUGUGCACUUGGAAAAAGACGACAGCUAUCUGCCCGAAGUCUGGCUAAUGGGUAUUGCUUGGCAGGCCUGGUACGCCAUCGGCGUCUUCAUAAUUCUCCUACGAUUCGCAGUUCGUGUUCGUACCGUCGGGAUUCGAGGCUUCCGCGGCGAUGAUUAUUUGGCUUUACCUGUGAGUUACUGGAAGAGCACAUCUUUCAAAGUUGUCAUUGGUAUUGAUGCGCCACAGUAUCUCGUGUUAUACAGCAUCAAUGUUUACGUAGUCCAAAUCUGCUAUUACACAGGGGCCAAUAUCGACAUUACUUCAGAUGCAGUACCGUCGCUGUCGGAUCACGAUGUUGCAGUUCUUCAGCUGGGAUCGAAAUUGGAGUUCAUGUCAUGGUACACGUACCCUGGUUGCAUCUGGGUCUUGAAGUUCACCGUACUAUUCUUCUACAAGCGUCUAACACUCGGAAUUCUACGAAGACGGAGUCUUGUCGCAUUGUUCUGGAUCUGCGGAUUAUCCUACGUCGUGCUGUGUCUCACCGUGACACUCAGCUGCCAACCCUAUUCCGACAACUGGCGAAUCCGACCUCUACCAGGCCCAGAGUGCACAUUUCGACCACAAAACUUCUGGAUGCUGCUAUGGCUCAACGUUCUAACCGACGCCGCCCUCCUCUCCAUCCCCGUUCCGAUUCUCUGGCACCUCCGCGUGUCCCUUAGACGCAAGAUCGGCGUCGGCAUCCUGCUCUCGUCCGGCGUUUUUGUCAUUUCGACUGCCAUCGUUCGUGCGGUCACGACCUUGGGCGGUGCGCCGUCCGUCAUCAACAUCAACCGCUGGGGGUUCCGCGAGACCGCCGUCGGACUCAUCACCGUCACCUUGCCGGUCCUGAGCCCGCUGUUCACAAGGGCGUUUUGGCGCCGCGGUCCAUAUAUUCGCGACUACUACGAUCGGCUGCGCGGUCCGAGGACGCCUCCUAAUAACGCCAGGUUUGGGAACUGGCUGGGGACGAUGGUUCUCAAGUAUAUUGAUGAGGAGGAAGGGGAUGUAUUACGCAGCCCCAGCGCGGCAAAGCAGUUGGAAGAGGCGGGGUACCGAAGGGAAUGUGCCGAGCGUGCGGGUUCCUACAGUAAAGGGGAUACCUAUGAGUUGGGAACGCAGAGCGGCGAUACGAGCACGAAAAGCUUGAAAGGCAUUGAGACGGUAUGA